GAUUAGACAAGCUAGUCUGCGCGGCUGCGAUCGAACCGGGAAGGAGACGCCGUCCUUCUGCAGCCAUGGCGAGCGGAGCGGUAUGGUGAGAGCUCCCCCCGGAUUAGGAGAAUGGUAUUGGCCACCUGGCUUAGGAAAUAGAUGCACUUCCGAAGGCCGAUGGUUGGAUCCCGCGCGGUGCCGGACUGCUGUGUGGACAGCGCAACCUCGGUGGCGGCAACCCGAGCACGUUUCCAACAUGGCGUUUCAGAGGGCGGAGGGCAUGUCCAUUAUCCAGGCUUUGGCUAUGACCGUAGCGGAAAUCCCCGUCUUUCUUUACACCACCUUUGGGCAGUCGGCCUUCUCUGCGCUGAGAGUCAGCCCCGGUCUCCGGAAGGUGCUCUUCGCCACGGCUCUCGGCACGGUGGCCUUGGCCUUGACGGCGCACCAGCUGAAGCGGCGACGGCGACGGAAGAAACAGAUCGCUCCAGAGAAGCCCAGCGCCAAGCCUCUGGCGGUUCCGGUGCCCAUCUUGCCCACCCGCCGGGCGCCCUCGGUGAAGAAAGGUGAUGACGAUCAAAGGGUUUUUUUUAAUUGAUCACCCCCGGCAGCAAAACGCAACGACACGCUCAGCGGAAUCUCCUCCCUGGAACCCAGCAAGCACCAAGCUCUUCACCACAGCCUGGCCUCAAUGGCAGUUGUGAAUUCCCCCAGCCCGACCCCAGCUGCUGCACCUCCCUGGGAAGCCCAAUGGGGGGAGAAAGAUCCUGGUGCUGCAGGGGACUGCAGUGCAGAAAACCUCUAUUUUCAAGGCAUGGAGCUGUUUGAAGAGGCCCUGCAGAAGUGGGAGCAGGCCCUGACCGCCCGUCAGAGGGACCCCUCCAGCCUCUCCGCCUCCUGGGUGGUCCCCAAAGAGGAAGAGCUGCUGCUACCUGAAGAUCUCUGUGAGGAAUCUCAGAAAAAAGAAUUUGCGGACAAGCUGGAAUUGCUCCUGUAUCGGGCGUACAACCUGCAGGAGGAAUUUGGAUCCAGUCUGUCGGCCGAUAACAUGCUGCUUGAUUUAGAGCAAACUCUCAUGUUCCCACUGACCGAACAGUCUCUGAGGCGUCAACAAGAAGAUGAGGACGAGAGCGUCACCUCCGAGGAAUUUUUCUCUGCCGCGGAGAUCUUCGACGCCCUGGAAAUCGAGACGGCCCCCUACCAGCCUUCUAAGCCAGCGGUUGCCUAUGAAGAAGCCUUGCAGCUGGUGAAGGAUGGAGGGGUUUCGUGCAGGACCUUUCGCACAGAGCUUUUGGGGUGCUACAGCGAUCAUGAUUUCCUGGCAAAGCUUCACUGCAUCAGGCAAGCUUUUCAGGAGCUCUUGGUGGCGGAGAACAACCGGACGUUUUUUGGGGAGGUGGGCAAACGCAUGGUGAUGGGGCUGAUGACCAAGGCUGAGAAGAACACCAAGGGCUUCCUUGAAAGCUACGAUGAGAUGCUGCACUACACGUUGAGACAAGGCACCUGGCCAAGCACGCAGAAGGAACUGGAAGGGCGAGGGGUGGUCUGCAUGAAUUUCUUUGAUAUCGCCUUGGACUUCAUCCUCAUGGACGCUCUGGAAGAUCUUGAGAACCCGCCGUCCUCAGUCGUGGCCAUCUUGCGUAACCGCUGGCUCUCGGACAGCUUCAAGGAGACGGCUCUGGCCACCGCUUGCUGGUCAGUUCUGAAGGCCAAGAGGCGGCUUCUGAUGGUUCCGGAUGGUUUUAUAUCUCAUUUUUACUCCGUAUCGGAGCAUGUCAGCCCAGUGCUGGCUUUCGGCUUUCUGGGGCCCAAACAGCAUCUCUUUGAAGUCUGCAGCUUCUUCAAACACCAGAUUUUGCAAUACCUGAAAGACAUGUUUGACCUGGACAUUGUAAGGUACACAACGGUGACCUUAUUAGCAGAAGACAUCCUUCAGCUCUCACGGCGCCGCAGUGACAUCCUGCUCGGCUACUUAGGAGUGGAGACCAUUCCAGAGAUCAAUGGGGCUCUGCAAAAUGACGAUGUGUCCUUCCGUAGCUUCAGCUAAGCCUGCUUGCUCAGACAAAACGGUUUGGGGCUCAUAAAUGGGUUUGUUUUUCUCCUUCUGAAAGGCAGCUGGCCUCCCUAGAUUGGAGAUUGAAGACGGACGGGAGCAAAACGUUCUCCAUUUGAAUUGUCUAACUUGAAAGCAAUUUUGAACCACCUUGCAACUUUUAAGAGAGGAGGACUUCAAAUCCCAGGAUUCUUCUGGGAGUUGAUCCACCCGUCUUAAAACUGACACGAUAGAAAAACACUGAUUUAAAGACUGUUUAACAAGUCCCAGGUGUGUCCAGCAUUAUCCAGGCAGGAAGGUUUUGGCCAAUCAGCCGUGUCUGUUUCUAGUUAUUUAAUACUUGCACAAAUUGUGGCCGAGACCCUGUCUAAUAUUCCUGUGAUGAGAUUAGUGCACAAGGACACUCCCCCCCACCCCCCGCGCCCACCCUGUGAAAUUUGACGGCUGAAAAGAAAGACAAGUGGGGGAGGGGGAGAGAGAGCUGUAGGGACCUUUUGCUCCUUUGAUUUGGGAAAUUCGGAUUUAAUUUUUU